AUGACUGAAGCUGGCGCCAACGGUGCUGCCCAGACGGCCAUUGACUUUCCCUCGACCAAGGCGGAUUUGAGCUCUGCUUCCACCAGCAGGCGCAUCACCCGCCUGCGGUCGCUUGACGACAGCGUCAAUCAGAAGUCUGUCGACCAUGCCUCGAUACCCCGACUGCUGAAGCUCCUGUUCGACACCCACCCGCUGUACGACGACAGACCCUCCAGGCGUGCCGCCCAGACGUGCCUGGCCUCCGUCUUUGCGACCGUCGACGACUCCAAGGUCCUCGCCCCCUUCGUGACCGCUCUGCGCAUCGAGUCGCAAAAGCCCGGCAUAGCUGCCAAGAAUGCCUUUGUCUUGGUCGAGUGGUGCUGCCUGCUGCUGAAGGGCCUUGCCGGCACAUCCCUGUACGACAAGUUUGGCCUCGACAUCAUCCACGCCAAUGCUGCUGCUCUCGAGAGAUGUUUCCAACCCCCUUGCCGGCCCUCGGUGGCCCAGUCUGCCAUUGUCAUCACGCGCCGAGCUCUGCGAGCCGCCUUCUGGUACAAGGGAUACAGGGAAAAGGCUGUUCAGGACGCCAUCCAAGCUCUGACGGCCAAGGCUGGCCAGCCGACGACGAGAAAUGCUGUCAUGCUUGGUGUCGUGGCUGGCGUUUGUUCGCGCCAGGACCAGGCAAAGGCUACAUUUACCGAAAAGAAGGCCGACUACUUCACAUUUUUCACCCGAGAAAUCAUUGGCUCGCGGACGGCCGUGCCAGACCAUCUGGUCGGUGGCCUUGGCGAUUUCUUCCUGGACUUUGUGACCCUUGAUGACCUCAACAAGGACGUGAUCCCCCCCAUCGAGAAGGGUCUCCUGCGUGCCCCUGAGGUCGUGCUCGACAUCGUCCCGGCCAUUGUCAAGUCCCUUUCUGAGAACAUUGAUCUAUCAAGUAUCCUCGGCGGCCGUCUCAUGAAGCCGCUGUUAUCCAAUGCAAAGUCUAGCAACCCUGCCAUUCGGCAGAACGUCUUGAACACGUUCAAGGCCGUGAGUGCCAAGAGCCACGACGUUAAGAUGUUGGAACAAGUCGCCGAUGAGAUUCUGGGGCCACUUAAGACGGGAAAACUGGCUUCGGCCGACCAUCGUGUCCUGCAUUCUGAAAUGCUAGCCGUUAUCCCGCUAUCGGAACCCAUCGCCACUAAAAUCACGGACUCACUCCCAGCCGCCGCCGCCAAGGAAGGUAACGAGGCCGCAUUAGCAGCUGAGCUUACUGUUAUUAGCAGAGCUGUUUCUCAUCAGCUGCGCCAGGGGGUGGCCUUGGCGAAACCGGUUGUGGACGCCUUCGUGAAAGGCUUAUCCGACAAGAAGAUCAAUGCUCGUCGGGUGUGGUUAUUGAAGGUCGGCGAUAUUUUGACCGACUCUUCUUCUCCUGCGAAGGCUGUGGCCCCCAAUGUUGCCAAGUUUGCCGAAGCCGUGGCAGUACCACUCUCUGAUACAUGGGCUGAAAUCCUCAAGAAUCCACCGGCAGCGGUGCAAAGCAACUUGAUCACCGGAGCCUACAUCUUCACUACUAUUACCUUCCAAACGCUCAUCCAUAUCGAAAGUGACAGCAUCAAAACCAUCCUGAAGAAAGCUGCUGUCUCGAAAGAAAGUCUUGUUCUUGAACCAAAACCUUCGUUCCUCCUCAAUCACCGUAUAUAUGGGCGGUUAUCGUCUGAGGAUGAUUCAAGAUGGUGUCUGUCGGCAUUGGCGGCUGUCGUUGCGGACUUACCGAAAGCUACACCCGCCGUCCGAUCGGCGUGGUCCCAGGGCUUCAUUUUCCUGUCCUCCUCGCCCACCGUUCCUCCGCAGAUACGGAAGGAGACAGGUGAGGCUCUAUCCAAGCUAUACGCCAAUGAACCAGCUCUCAUCUCUGAGGCUGUGAUUGCCGGACUCUGGCAAUGGGUCGAAUCGACCGAAGUUGCCGAAAAGGAUAGUGUUGUCGCCGCCGCCAAGUUUGAUAACACUCAUCUACACGCCAUUUUGCGAUCCAUUUCUCUUACGAAGGAAGAAUUUGCAAAGCUUGGUCUUGAGCCCCAGCCAGAAGUCCUGGAGAAACAAAUGUGCUCCCUCCUAGUACUGUCUAGACCAACUCUCAUUCCGCGAUCAAGCUGGAUUGAUAAUGUAUUGAGGGUCGGCCUGGAUCCCGGUAGCCUUGCACUUCGUCACGAACAAGAUCUCCUCCAGGAGAUCAUCGCAAAGACAAAUGACAGUCGGAAGGUUGGAUCCAUCAAGACAGCCGCCUGCCAAGCUGCAGCAGAUCUUGCCUUUGUGGCGCCUGAGACAAUGAUUCCAAAAGUCAUUGAAAUGAUCCGUAAGGACCUAGACCCUCAGGAUCUCAACGACAUCGGCCCAGUAGAAGCCGCCAUCUUCCGCACACCCGAAGGGACUGCUUUCAUCGAUGUGCUUGCCAAGAAUGCUCAGACCCUGCCCAACAAGAACACCAAGGACUACGAUACGCUCAAGUGGGAGGAAGAGCUUCGAAGUCAGCUAGCGGCCAAAAAGGGCACUCAGAAGAAGCUCACAGCCGAUGAACAAGCCAAAGUUAACGCCCAACUGAAGAAGGAGUCGGAGAUCCGCAAAUCCAUCCAGCAGAUUGAGGCCCGGCUACUCCGUGGCGUCGGUAUUAUCCAGGGACUGAUUACUGGUCCACCCACCGACACAAAUCUCUGGAUGGGCCCUUCGGUAAACGCCUUACUGAAAGCAAUGGAAGCCGGCGCGUGCCAGAUCACCGGCGACUCCGCCCCAUCGGCUUAUCUUGCUUGCGCCGACAGAGUCACCAGCCGCCUAGGGUCUAUCCGACCGUUUAUUGGUGUCGCAACUCUUCGAGCUUUGGGCGUUACUGGGCUUCCAGAGAACUUGAUUGAGGAAGGCCUUGAGGAGCUUGUGACCAGAGUCCUGUAUCGCCUCCGCUUUGCAGGAGAACAGCGAGCUUUUGAUGCCAUUUCGGUGGUUUAUAUCUUAUCCCUCAUGUUCCUUGUCCUACAAAAGGGUGGAUUCGCUGCUGCUGGAGAUGACCGUGAUGCUCAGGUCGUUCUUGCGAUUGAAUUCAUCUCAUUCCAUACAAACGUAUGCUCUGACGAAGCUAUUCCGCGGUCUGAUCUGAUCUCAACCUUGAUAUCUUCUAUGCAACGGUAUAGCCAGCACUAUAAGAUCAUCAAGGACUGCUUCUCGGAUCUGAUUCGCUGCGUAGCUCCCAACAUCAGCCCUUCCGAGAUUGCUGUACUCGUCAAGGGUGCAAUUGUCCCAGAAACUUCUGUGAGGGAAACAGUGCUACAGGCUAUCAGCGCAGAGGUAGACCUAAGCGAGCUUGACUUUUCUGACGAGAUCUGGCUGGCUUGUCACGAUGACAAUGAAGAGAACGCGGAUGUCGGAAAAGAGAUCUGGGAAGAGAGCGGCUUUAAGCUCUCAGAGGACGUCCCAUUCAGAAUGUUACCGUAUACUGAAAGCAAGGAUGCUCAGCUACGACGGGCUGCCGCGCGUUCUCUAGCCAAGGCCUGCAAAUCAUCACCUGCUACCGUCGAUGAAGUCUUGACGAAGUUGAGAGCUUCCUAUGUGGAGUUUGCUAAACCACGCGUCCCACAAUUGGACAGGUACGGAAUGCCAAAGAAGUCAGAUUUGUCAGAUCCGUGGGAAGCGAGACAUGGCAUUGCUUCCGCUUUCAAGCAGCUCGCCUUUAAUCUUGAGAAGGGACAACUUGACGGAUUCUUCAGUUUCCUGAUUGAGAAGGGGCCCUUGGGUGACAAGAACGAUGGCGUACGAAGCGAGAUGCUCGAUGCUGCUAUCGCCGCUAUCGACCUGCAUGGACGAGCCCUGGUGGAUAAACUGAUGAAGAUGUUUGAACGUACUCUUGAGGCUCCAGACAAGGGAUCAGAAGCUGGAGACAGGGUCAACGAGGCGGUAAUCGUCAUGUACGGUGCUCUUGCAAGGCAUCUGAAACCAGGCGACUCGAAGAUCCCGACCGUCAUCGAGAGGCUCCUGGCUACCCUAAGCACUCCAUCUGAAGCGGUGCAGUUUGCGGUCGCCGAGUGCUUGCCGCCCCUUGUACGUACCUGUGGCGACAAAUCUUCGAAAUACUUCGACCAAGUGAUGAAUACUCUCCUCAACUCAAAGAAGUACGCAGAGAAGCGUGGCGCCGCCUACGGGCUGGCUGGUCUCAUUCUGGGAAGAGGCAUCUCAGUCUUGCGAGAAUAUCGUAUCCUCAUAACUCUGAAGAGUGCUACUGAGAACAAGAAGGAACCGCAGCAGCGCGAAGGUGCUUAUCUUGCCUUCGAAUUAAUGCCGCUGAUUCUCGGACGCCUUUUUGAGCCCUACAUCAUCCAAAUCGUUUCUCAGCUACUGACUGGGUUCGGUGACAGCAGCGCAGAUGUCCGAGAUGCUUGUCUUGCUGCCGCCAAGGCCUGCUUUGCGAAGCUGAGCUCGUUCGGAGUCAAGCAAAUCUUGCCCACGCUGCUUUACGGUCUCGACGAUGAUCAGUGGCGUAGCAAGCGAGGUGCAUGUGAACUUCUGGGUGCCAUGGCGUACUUGGACCCCCAACAACUCGCCCUGAGUUUGCCAGAAAUCAUUCCGCCCUUGACAGCGGUGCUUAACGACAGUCACAAGGACGUCCGAUCUGCCGCCAACAAGAGUUUGAAACGCUUCGGCGACGUUAUAACCAACCCUGAGAUUAAGUCGUUGGCGGAUAUCCUUCUAAAGGCCCUCAGUGAUCCCACUAAGUACACCGAUGAGGCGCUGGAUUCUCUUAUCAAGGUGCAGUUUGUGCACUACCUAGAUGCUCCGUCUCUAGCUUUGGUGACAAGAGUACUGCAACGAGGUCUGGGAGACAGAUCCAACACCAAACGGAAGGCCGCCCAAGUCAUUGGUAGUCUGGCGCAUCUUACAGAGAGAAAAGACCUGGUCGCUCAUCUGCCAGUCCUGGUCAGCGGUCUCAAGCUUGGAGCGGUGGAUCCCGUACCUACAACACGCGCGACCGCUUCCCGUGCAUUGGGAUCACUUGUUGAAAAGCUCGGCGAGGAUGCUCUGCCAGAUCUGAUUCCUGGACUUAUGCAAACACUCAAAUCCGAUACCGGUGCCGGAGACCGUCUCGGUUCCGCUCAAGCUCUGUCGGAAGUUCUUGCUGGACUCGGUACAACAAGAUUGGAGGAGACACUUCCAACCAUCCUGCAGAAUGUCGAAAGCGCCAAACCCGCAGUCAGAGAAGGCUUCAUGUCGCUCUUCAUCUUCUUGCCGGUGUGUUUCGGUAACAGCUUUGCCAACUACUUGGGCAAGAUCAUCCCGCCCAUUCUGGCUGGACUUGCUGAUGACGUCGAGUCGAUCCGUGAGACUGCUCUCCGCGCUGGUCGGCUGCUGGUCAAGAACUUUGCGGCCAGGGCUGUUGACCUUUUGCUACCCGAGCUUGAGCGCGGUCUAGCAGACGACAGCUACAGAAUCCGUCUCAGCUCGGUAGAGCUUGUGGGCGACUUGCUUUUCAAUCUCACAGGCAUAACUGGGAAGGAAGACGCAGAGGAUGAGAUUGAGCAAGCUAAGGAGGCAGGUGCCUCGCUCCGUGAAGUGCUCGGGGAGGAGAAGCGUAACAAGGUUCUGUCUGCGCUCUACAUCUGCCGUUGCGAUACUGCAGGUGCUGUCCGCUCCGCAGCGAUCAGUGUUUGGAAGGCUCUGGUCGCAUCUCCAAGAACACUCAAGGAGCUUACGCCUACGCUUACUCAGUUGAUCAUUCGUCGCCUUGGCAGCUCCAACAUGGAGCACAAGGUCAUCGCUAGCAAUGCGCUUGGCGAGCUGAUCAGGAAGGCUGGUGAUAGCGUUCUCUCGAGCUUGCUUCCUACCCUAGAAGAGGGGCUUCAGACCUCGACGGACAUUGAUGCUCGUCAAGGUAUUUGCUUGGCGUUGAAAGAACUUAUUUCAUCAGCCUCGGAAGAAGCUCUGGAAGAUCACGAGAAGACGCUCAUUGCAGUCGUGCGUACUGCGCUCAUUGAUUCCGACGAGGACGUCAGAGAGGCUGCUGCGGAGGCCUUCGACUCGUUGCAGCAGAUCGUUGGCAAGCGUGCUGUGGAUCAGGUACUGCCGUAUCUUCUCAGCCUUCUGCGAUCCGAGGCGGAUGCCGACAACGCCUUGUCUGCUCUUCUGACUCUGCUUACUGAGACAACCCGGUCUAACAUUAUUCUACCCAACCUCAUUCCCACCCUCAUUGCUCCGCCCAUUUCGUCAUUCAAUGCCAAGGCAUUGGCAUCCUUGUCCAAGGUUGCUGGUGCGGCUAUGAACCGCAGGCUGCCCAAUAUCAUCAACUCUUUGAUGGACAACAUUGUCAAUAGCGAGAAUGACGAGCUUCACCAGGAGCUUCAGACCUCAUUUGAUACUGUCAUUCUGUCAAUUGACGAGUAUGAUGGCUUGAACACCGUUAUGAAUGUUCUCCUGUCACUUGUCAAGCACGAGGACCACCGCAAGCGUGCCAAUACCGCAUACCGAAUGGCCAGCUUCUUCGAGCAAUCCACGGUUGACUACUCGCGAUACAACCAGGAUAUUAUUCGGUCCAUGUUGAUAUCAUUUGAUGACAGAGACAAGGACGUUGUGAAGGCGGCGUGGACAGCGCUUAGCGCCUUCACCAAGAAGCUCAAGAAGGAGGAAAUGGAGGCAUUGGUGCCGUCCACCAGACAGACUCUCCUACAAGUCGGCGUUUCGGGACACAACCUGCCGGGUUUCGAGCUGCCCAAGGGUAUCAACGCUGUUCUUCCAAUCUUCCUCCAAGGUCUCAUGAACGGUACUCCCGAUCAGCGAACCGCCGCUGCAUUGGCUAUCUCGGACAUUGUCGACAGGACCAGCGAGAACUCACUGAAGCCCUUCGUCACCCAGAUCACUGGCCCGCUUAUCCGUGUCGUCUCCGAGAGAUCAACCGACGUCAAGGCUGCUAUCCUGCUUACUCUCAACAACCUACUGGAAAAGAUGCCGGCAGCAUUGAAACCCUUCUUACCCCAGUUACAACGUACUUUCGCAAGGUCAUUAGCCGAUACCACCAGCGACCUUCUCCGUUCUCGUGCAGCUAAGGCUUUGGGCACACUGAUCAAGUUCACUCCCCGUGUUGACCCACUAGUCGCGGAGCUUGUUACUGGAUCCAAGACUUCCGACUCUGGUGUCAAGACUGCCAUGCUGAAGGCCUUGUAUGAGGUCGUCAGUAAAGCUGGCUCCAGCAUGAGCGAAGCUUCACGCACCGCUGUUCUGGGCUUGAUUGAUACGGAAGCGGAUGAGACCGACACUGCCAUGACUGUGACCAACGCUAAGCUGCUGGGAGCACUGAUCAAGAACGUUCCCACGGACGUGGCCAGCUCCCUCCUGAAGAACCGUGUGACCACAACGCACUUCAGCACUUCCUCAGUACUGGCCCUCAACGCCGUCUUUGUCGAAUCCAAGGAGGCCUUGCUUAAUAGUCCUCUUGCGGAAGACCUGCCCGAUGUGCUUUGCCAGGGCAUGUCAAACAAGAACCUUUUCGUUGCUGAUAAUGCAAUCCUUGCCACUGGCAAGUACCUUCUGUCUGUAACCCCAGCGUUCGAGCAGACGAAGCCUAUCUUCUCGACUCUGGCUACCAUUGUCGGCCCGGGCAAUCCUGGUGACAGCCGCCGUCUAGCUCUUGUGGUCAUCCGCACAGUCUGCAGGCACAAUAUGGAGCUUGUGCGUCCGCAUCUUCCACUCCUUGCAGGCCCGAUAUUCGCCUCCGUCCGCGACCCUGUGAUCCCUGUCAAGCUGGCCGCAGAAGCGGCGUUCAUCGAGCUGUUUGACGUCGUGGAGGAGGAAGGCAAGGUGUUUGAGAAGUUCGUGCAGAGCCCUACUGGCCAAGAAAUGCAGCCAAACACCAGAAGGAGCAUGGGCGACUACUUCAAGAGAGUUGCUUUGCGACUCGGCGCUCAGGCGCGCGAGAGGAGAGAGAUGGAGGGAUUGAGCAACGACGAGGCAGAGGAUGAGAGGGAGAUCUGGAGCGUUGGUCAGGUCGAGACUGGUGGGGGUGUGUUCAGUCAAGACUAG